UGCUGGCAGGAGGUCAGCAUUCUCCGGGGGUUGGACGGUUUUGGGUUCGCCAUCUUCUCCGAUCAUCCCGUCAGAGUCCAGGCUGUGGAUCCGGGCGGUCCAGCUCAGAGAUCCGGACUCCGUCAGGGAGACUUGGUCCUCCAGCUCAACGGACUUCCUGUGGAAUCCUGGACCUGCGCCGACCUGGCCCAGGCCAUCAGGAGCUGUCCGUCUCGGAUCAUCCUGGCGGUCUGGAGAGGUUUACCUGAGCUGGGCUCAGUGUGCGAGACGUGGCUCCACCCACAGCUUUACAAUCCGAAUCCGCCUGGUAACCAUGGAAACUACCAGAACUGCACCGUCUUUCAGUCCCAUCUGCUGUGGCCCGGAUAUGGAGACACAUCACUUCCACCAAAAACUGUCAUCUUCCCCUUCUUUGUCCAGCCUCUGGACUUCUGCAGCCCGGUCAGAACCCUGCGCAUGUCCGAGGAGAUGAUUCUGCACCAGGCCCACCUGCUUCCUUCCAAGGUCUCCGUCCUGAUCUUCUCCGACCUGCUGCUUCUUGCCAGACAGGAGGAAGGCGGUCACUGCACCGUCCUCCGGAGCCCGCUGUACCUGAAUGCGCUCCGGCUCAGAGAAGUCCCGUGGGAACCGCUAAGGCUCCACCUCCUGCAGAGGUCCGCUGGCGGCUGGCGGUGCGUCUUCAGCCUGGAGGCCUUCAACGCCGAGCAGAAGGUCCGGGUCGGCCUCUGUCUCCGGGACGACCGGCGGCGCUGCCUGGUCGCCAUGGAGACCACACUCCCUUGGCAGCAGCAGGGGGAGAGUUCCUCUGAGGUGUUGGACUCUGGGGGUUCGGGGCUCCGCCCCCCCACCAGCCAGGAGGAAGAGGAGGAGGAAGAGCGCGGCUGUAGGCCUCCGGUCCUGCGCCGCUCGCUCUCUGAGGGUUCCUUGCUACAGGAAGCUCGAUUGCCUCUCUUCCUGUCUGACAGCACUAUCCGUCAACUUAGACCGACAUUGACCUUUGACCCAAGCCUGCCCCCUCCCCACUGCCUGCCCCAGCUGACCAAGGAAGGAGCAUCUCUGCACCCAUGCUGCUGCUGCUCAAUGGAGCCAAGGAAGGAAAAUCCAGCAACUUCAGGCUGAAGGAGAAGAAAACCAAAAGUUUACCAUCUGAAGGAGAGGUUAGGAGAUGGGCAGACAGUCUGAAAGCUCUGCUGACCACUCAGCAUGGUGUGGAAGUCUUUCGUGACUUUAUGAGGUCAGAGUUCAAUAAGGAAAACCUGAACUUCUGGUUGGCUGUGGAGAAGUUUAAGAGGACAAACUCCCUCAGUAAGAUGGCCACUCAAUCUCGGAAGAUCUAUGACCAGUUCCUAUCUCCAUAUGCAGCGCGACAGGUCAGACUCCACCAAUCACAGCCUUAGUUUGGGUGUUGACCCCGCCUCCUUCCAGCGGGCGCAGGAUCAGGUCUUCAGCCUGAUGGAGGCCAGACAGUUACCCACGAUUCCUCAAGUCCCACCUCUACGCUCAGCUGGCCAAUCACAUCGCAGGCACAGCAGUGGAGCUGCCCAAUCAGACUAAUCAGUCUGUGAUUGACUAGCCAGAUGCAUCAUGGGACCUACAGUUCAGAGAUUCUGAUUAAUACUAAAUAUUUUAGUGCGUCCUCUCUCACAAAACAUUGCAAGUUUUUAUCAAAUAUUUAUAAAACUGUAGAUUAAUCUCCUUCCUUUCUGUCACUGAUCAGGGGCCUCAUGGGUUUUUUUCCAAGUUUUUUUUACUGUUAUUUAACACUUAACAAUUGUACAAGAUCACGUGGCAUGUACAUUCCUGGAGAAAUCGAGUCUUACAGGCUUAAAGCACACAUAUUAUUAUAAGACAACAAUAAAAAGUUAAAUUAGAAAUAAAUCAAAUUUGUCAGACAUCAAACAGCGAGAAAGUAGAACGACAAAAACAAACAGAUAAAGGCAAAGGGGCUUCAGGUCUCAAAUCAGUUCAGAUCAUUAUCGGGUCAGAGCUGCAUUCCCUGCUUGUUUUCAUCAGUUUUAAGGUCCUGAAGCGGUUCUCCAUCAAAAGGUUUUUAAAAGCUGAAAAGUCAGCUUUUCUAUUCCUCAUUUACAGCAGAGGAUGAAGAAUUUGGCGAAGAUCAGCAGGUUGUUCAGAAUGAUGUCGGUUCUUCUGUCUCUGGUGGGUCCAAAUAUUAUAUUCUCUCCUUUUAAGGGAUGAUGUAAGGAAAGUUUUGGUGAGAUCCAGGCCUGAAAGUUUCUCCAAAAUGUUCCAGUUUGCACACAAUAGAAGAGAUGAUCUGUUGUUUCAAUGUUGUUGUCACAGAAGGUCCAGCUGUUGGUAUCAAAGUUGAAUCUUUUUCUUCAUAGUUCCCUGGAGAGUUUGUAAUAGGAAUGUUGCCAAUGGAGAGGUGAUGGAAGAAAUAAUGGACAGAAAACAAUUGGUUUGCAUCAAUAAUGGAGAAGGGACGAGGAUUAAUAUUAGAAAUGGAUAUGAAUCAGCAUUAGAUUUAACUUUAGUUUCAGAGAAUUUUGCCAGGAUUAGUAAUUGGAAAAUAUUAAGAGAAUCAACUAUAGGAAGUGAUCAUCAUCCUAUACUUAUUGAAAUUGGUCUGGACAUGAGAAACAUUGAUCAUGAAAGCAUAGAAAGAUGAAUGUUUGGAAAUGUUGAUUGGGAAAAAUAUAAAAUAAUAAGUGAUGAAGAAAUCCAAAAGGUUAAUAUAGAUUUGGAUGUUGAUAAUGUAAAUUGUUCCAUUUGUGAAGCCAUUUUAGGUGAACCAAUCCAAAGGAAAAGAGGAAAAUAUCUUAAAAAUAUAGCAGCGUGGUGGACAAAGGAAUGUGAUGUUGCAAUGAAAUCUUGAAAUAAAGCUUUUAAAUUGUUAAAAAGAAAUCAGAAUUUUCAGCAUUUUAUUGAAUAUAAAAUGUUACAAGGUCUUGUUAAAAGAACUGUGAAAAAAAUAUUUAUUGGGGAAACUUGUGAUUCGGUCGGUAGGGAAACAAAAAUGUCAAAAGGAGAAUGGAGAAUGAUAAAGCGAAUAGAAGUGAAUAUGGAUAUCCAGUUCUGAAAGAUGGAAAUAUUAUUGCUGUGAUGGAGAAGAAGACAAACAUGCUGGUUAAAACAUUUGCUAAAGUUCAUAGCUGUAAUAAUUUAAAUAAUGAAGAAUAUCGUAGAAAAGUUUGUACAAUUAAUGAUAAUGUUGAUUUAUUAGAAGAAAAUGUUAGAUAUAAUGACUUAUUAAAUGCUUCUUUUCUUUAUUUGAAUUAAAUAAUGCUAUAAGAAAAUCUAAAAAUUAAUCUCCAGGAAAAGAUAACAUUAAGUAUAUUAUGGAUAACAAGCUUAGUAAUUCAGCUAAGAAGGUUUUAUUGGAAUUAGAUAAGAUAUGGGAUUUUUACCUGUGGCAUGGAAAGAAGCAAUUGUAGUUCUAAUCUUAAAGCCAGUUAAAGAGCAGUCAAAUCCAGCAAGUUAUAGACCUAUUGCUUCAACUUCACAUUUAGAUAAAAUAAUGGAGAGAAUGAUAAAUGAAAGAUUGAGCUACUUGGUUGAAAAAAAGGAAUAUUUAUCAAAAUGUCAAAGUGGAUUUAGAAAAGGUAGGAGAAUUAAGGAUUCUAUUUUAUGUUUAGAACAUGAAAUCAGAAAAGGGCAAGUUAAUAAAAGGAGGGUAUGGAGGCUGUUUUCUUUGAUAUAGAGAAAGUUUAUGAUAUGAUGUUGAAGGAAAGUUUUUUAAUUAAAUUGAAAAAAAAGGGAAUUAGUGGAUCAAUGUUUCAUUGGAUGAAAUAUUGUUUUACAAGACAGAUCAGUAAGAAUAGGACAACAAUUGUCAGAAAGGUUUUUUGUUGAGGAUGGUACACCUCAGGGAAGUAUAGUAAGACCUUUAUUGUUUUUCUAUUAUGAUCAAUAUAUGUUUGACAAUUUGGAGAGUGGAAUGGUGUUUUCUGAUGAUGGAGCAAUCUGGAAGAGGGGUAAAAAAUUUAAAUUAAUGAUAUAGAAGAAUGGUCUUAAAUGGGGAUUAAAAAUUUCUAUAGACAAAUCAAAGACUAUUUUUUACGAGGAAGAAAGCGUCUGAAAAUUUUAAACUGCAAAUAUAUAAUCAUGAAUUAAAAAGGGUUAAGGAAUUUAAGUUUUCGGGUAUAUGGCUGGAUGAGAAACUUACGUGGAAAAUUGAUAUUAAAAAAGUGUAAGACCUUUAAAUGUAAUGAGGUGUUUGGUGGGGAGUGAGUGGGAAGCUGAGACAAAAACAAUAUAUACUGGUUUAAUCAGGUCAGUAUUUGAUUAUGGCAGUAUAGCUUUUGGGUCAGCAUCAGAAACACUACUCAAAAAAUUAGAUAAUAUUCAAUAUGAAGCUGUGAGGUUAAGAACAGGAGCCAUCAGUAGAAAUGCCGCUUCAUCUCAGAAGAGUACACAACAAUAUUGGUGUCAUUUAAAGGGCAGUAAUAAAAGAAAUCAUCCAUGUCAAGAAAAUUUUAAAACCUGGUUGGAAAAAGGUUUAAAUUAAACAUAAACAUAAUUUAAUUUUUUUUGAUUGGGAGAUAGAAAACUUUAUAAAAGACUUAUAUAAAUGAGUCCAACAGUUCCUCCGCCUCUAUUUCAUGAUACUGUUGUUGAUUUUACUUUGUUGGAGAAAAAGAAAAAUGAAAACCUUUCAGAUUCAUGUUCAGUUCAAUCAUAUUUAGGUAAUAAGCACUAUGUAUAUGUGCAAGUUUAUACAGAUGCUUCAAAAAACUCAAACAGCGAUAAUGGGUGUCAUUCAUCAUCAUUCAUUGUUCUAGAAUUCACGUUAGCUUGUAGCUUAGCCACCUCGACUUCCGGGGUGGAAACGCGUUCAUUCUUGUCCAUCUCCUGUUUCAUAUCUUAUAGUGUCUCCAUCAAGUUUAGAGGAAAAGUCCCUUCUUAAUGAUUCCUACGCAGUCAGGAUUUGAUCACUUACUAUUUUCUGACUCGCCGUUUCCGUCCAGCGCCGCCAAGUUAGCUUGUUAGCUUUAGCUUCUAACAGCUUCGUUUGCUUUUCCCUUCGUGUCGUUUAAUCGAGCUACGCAUUAUACUUUAAAUUGUCCUUUUUUGCAUAACUCUUAAGUGAACAGCAGUUCUUUUUCCCUUAUUAAAGCAGCAAACAGCAGGGCGAAGUUCAGGACGUCUUCUGACGUGGCCGCCAUAACCGGAAGUCGCCAAUCUGCAGCUUUUCUACUGUAGUUGAAUGUCCAGCUCAAUGUGUGU